AUUCUAACAGUGUUUGCGCGUGUACAUAAUUGCUCAUUCAUCCUGAAGGUUCCCAAAAUCGGAAACCUCUGAUUCUGGUUGGUUUGUUGGACAUCCUUCCAAGGCUUCACACAUGGCGUACCUUUAAGUUUCUGACAUUACUUUUCAGAGGAUCUACUCGAAUAUAAUCAUCAAGUAGUUUCGCAUUACUGGGUCAUCAUAAUGUGGUAGGUGGGUCAACGAGGGGGCUUCUCAGGUUCAACCCUGUUGCUUGUUCUGCAUUACUGGGCGAUAAUAGUAAUCUAUGUCUAUGUGGUGGUUUUGUUGUUCAACAACCAGUACAUUCUUAUUUAUUGGGGAAGCAUAAAGAUGGGUGCUUUUUGCUGCUGUCCAUGUGAUGGAGAAUUAGAAGAAUACACCCUUCCAAGCAAUUCCAUAUAUAGGCACUGUUUAUGCCUGAGAUACUUUUUCCACCAGCUCUUCACAGGGUAUGGUACGACAUUUCAUAGACUUGAAGGACGGUCGAUAUCUCCACCAAUCCAAGGAGCUUCUAUGGCAUCAUCAGGGAUUGGCGCAGCAUUGCCUGAUAAUCCCUCUAACGAUAUUCAUCUCUCUCUGUCCAGACCAGUGCCUUCUGAUUCUGAUCAGAGGUACUCUCGUUUGCAACGUGAUGGCUUGGUCUCUAGGCGUGAUAAGUCAAUGACGCAUUUCCAGGAAGAUUCUCAACCACUGAGGAGAAAUAUGAGUAGUUCUGGUACAGAGUCGUUGGGCUUUGCGAAGAAAUGGAACGGAGUUGAAUCUGAAGAAGACAGUAAACUUAGCCAUUCCAAGUCCUCAGAGAAGGCUUUGGCAGCAAAAGUUGCAUAUGGACUUGCUUAUAUGCAAACAUCUUCUGAAGAUGAAGAUGUCUGUCCUACAUGUCUUGACGAAUAUACUCCAGAAAAUCCUAAAAUAACAACACGAUGUUCUCACCAUUUUCACCUUGGUUGUAUUUAUGAAUGGUUGGAAAGAAGUGAAAGUUGUCCAAUCUGCGGCAAGGAGAUGGAGUUCUGUGAAAGCCCUUAAAUUUGUUUCUGGGUUCAAAGCAAUUGAGCAAAUAUACAUAGAGCGGCCAUGAGCAUCUGUAAAUAAAAGUUCUCUCAUCUUGUUUGUAGCAGGAUUUAACAAGAGAAAGCGACUGUUUAUUUUGUAUCACUAGUUUGUUUUACCUCAUAAAUCCUAAUGUUCCAUUAUGUUAUGAUACUUCAAUGUUAAUGUUUCUUAUUGUAUAGUAAACUGCUGAUACAAGUUGAAUCA